AUGAGCCCCGACGUCGAGUUCGACAAGGAGACUAUGGACAGGGCAUUCCAGGACGCGGCCGAUCGGUUGAAGAGCGGCGCAGGUAAAAUCGGUAACUUCAACAAAUCGGUGGGAGAGCUGGAAAAGACCAUCAAGCGGUGCCUUGGCGAGGAGUCCGACGAGUACUGGAAGCGAACGAUGGGAGGCUCGUGA